GCGGAAACAGACCGCCGCCGUAAAGCCUUUUCUCCACAAGCAACAAUUACAAGAGCAUAAUUUUCCUGUUGUAUCUUUGCUCUCAUUUAUUGCUGUUCAUUUCCGAGGGGCAAUUCAGUUGCACAGGCAGCAAAAUGGGAAAUGAAGCAAGUUAUCCCUUGGAAAUGUGCACGCAUUUUGAUGCUGAUGAGAUUAAACGGCUGGGAAAGAGGUUUAAGAAACUCGACUUAGAUAACUCGGGCUCCCUCAGUGUGGAAGAGUUCAUGUCCCUGCCGGAGUUACAGCAGAAUCCACUGGUGCAGAGAGUCAUUGAUAUAUUUGACACAGAUGGCAACGGCGAGGUGGAUUUCAAAGAGUUUAUAGAGGGCGUCUCACAGUUCAGCGUGAAGGGUGAUAAGGAACAGAAGCUCCGCUUUGCAUUUAGGAUCUAUGACAUGGACAAGGACGGCUACAUUUCCAACGGUGAGCUGUUCCAGGUGUUGAAGAUGAUGGUGGGCAAUAACCUGAAGGACACACAGCUGCAGCAGAUCGUGGAUAAGACCAUCAUCAAUGCAGACAAGGAUGGCGAUGGAAGAAUAUCUUUUGAGGAGUUCUGUGCUGUUGUUGGAGGUCUUGAUAUACACAAGAAGAUGGUUGUGGACGUGUGAGCAAUCCCAUCUCCUCAACAUCCACUUUCCUCUCCAUCUGAUGAUCUGCUCUCUGUGUAUUUCAAAGGAAGUAUUUACCAAGCCACUUUUCUCAACUAAGCCUUUUGAAGUCGACGUGUAUGUUAUAGAACUCAAAUCUACUUGAUAACCCAGUGUAGCACCUCAUGGGCUUAUGGACAAUGACAGAACAUCUCAGUGAAAGAGGAUAGAGUGUUGGCUGGUAAUAUUUAAUUUUUUUAUGCUCCUUUUUUUUAUAUUUAUUUUGUUUUUCAACUUUUUUAAAGAAAAAAUAAGUGUAAUAUAAGUGCAAGUUGGGUAUGACGUGCCAAGCAGAACAUUCAGUUAUAAAACCUUUACCUCCUCCAUUAUUUUCAAGAGAACUCAGUAGAUUGCAUGAAAAGACACAAAAGUGUCAUUUUCAGGUUUUCGGUUACACAUUGUGAUAUACACUAUUUCUAUCAUUCUAGCAUCUAACCAUCUUUAAUACUUGUUUUUGUAUUAAUUGUGAUAUACUGUACAUUUAUUUAUAAAUGUUAAUAUUGUUGGAGAGUGCAACAGACUCGUUGAGACAGUCCGGUUCAGACUGGAACUGAGAAAAUUCUAUAUGGUUUACUUCAAUUGCACUUCACACGAGAAACAUAAAUAUCCCUCUACCCUAUAGCACAUAUAGUGGCCCCAAAAGUAUUUAGAUACUUAUAAAAUUGAUUUGGUUACACCUAAAAAUGUAUGAAUGUCGUUGCGUUAAAAACUAACCAUGGAAGCAAGUGGCACCUGCAACCAAAUGAUGAAGCUUUUCUAACACCCUGUAGGCUACAACGGACCCUCAUUCACACCCUGGUUUGGUAGUAUGUUGAUUUGAACAUAAUACAUUGGGAUGUGAUUUAAUUUUCAAUAAUUCAACAAUAGGGGGGGGCCUGGCUUGCUCAGCAAGUAAAGACGCUGAUUACCACACCUGGAGUCGCAGGUUUGCAUCCAGGUCAUGCUGAGUGACUCCAGCCAGGCUUCCAAAGCAACCAAUUGGUCCGGUUGCUAGGGAGGGUAGAGUCACACUGGGUUAACCUCCUCAUCGUCGCUAUUAUGUGGUUUUCGCUUUCGGUAGGGCGCAUGGUGAGUUGUGCAUGGAUGCUGCGGAGAAUAUGGGCCUCCACACGCGCUAGGUCUCUGUGGUGACUCGCUCAACCAGCGACGUGAUAAAAUCUGUGGAUUGACAGUCUCAGACGCGGCAAUUAAGAUUCAUCCUCCGCCACCCUGAUUUAAGCGAGUCACUACGCCACCAUGUGGACUUAGAGCACAUUGGGAAUCGGUAUUCCAUUGGGAAUCGGUAUUCCAAAUUGGGGAGAAAAGGGGAGAGAAAACGAAUUAUUCAACAAACGGAGUCAGUUUAUACAUCAGUUACCAAAUGUAGCAUGCUGAAAACAUGGACAGAAUCACAGAAUCUUGUCACAAAAGUGGCAUUAGCUGUAAAACACAGAAAGUCAUGGAAUAUGGCUUGGAUGUAAAUGCAUAAUUAAUCAAAUUUAAAUUCCAAUAUGUCCUAGUGUGAUAAUUGUACAUGUGUAGGUGAUUUAAUUAAAUAAAUAUAUAAUCUGCAAGAGAUGUGCACUUCAAAAUGAAUGAGAAGCCAGGUGCUCAUACACUGAAAACACCUCAUCAUAAUCAUCACGUGCACUCUCUUAUGUGUGUGAGACGACAGAUACUCUGAAGUGCGCAGCACAUACAGACUAUGUAUUUAUUCAAUUAAGUCACAGCUUUACAGGGAUUAAUAUUCACACUGGGCCAUGUAGCAAGCUGCUUAUCUGGAGGACAGAAACACCAUAAUAAAAGCUUGAAUUAAACGGAUGUGUGUUUUUGCUUAAAUAUUUCACUUGUUGGGCACAUAAUGUCUUGGAACAUUGUGCUUUGAAAAGAGUGGGAACCCUGAUAAAGUAUGGUACGGAUGAUAUGCCAAGUGAAUCAUUGCUUGAGUCUAUCUGUAUGUCAUUUAGACAGCCUCAAGCAAUUUCGUAAAUAGACUCGUCCGGUGUAGAAAGGGUGUUUGUAGCAACUACUGUAACUACAUUAUUGCAAUGACUUUAAACCAAUGGUACACACGUUCAUUUUAAGUUAAUGUAUGAAGUCAAGCGUCAGAGUAACCACAUACUGUAGGUAGUUUAUCACAUGAACUAAUGACAUGUUGUGCUUACAUUUGCUAUUUUUUCUAAUGUGGCUUAAUUGUCACAAUUAAUUGUUGGGGCCGCUCUAUAAUUGAUAAUGUACAUGAAUAACAUAUGGAUCAUUUUCAUGUCCAUAUCUUUUGUGUACCAUUUAACUUUGGUAAAUAUACGCAUGACCGUUGGGUCACACUGUAGGUGAUUUAAAAUAAAAAUGUGUGUAUAUAUAUCUAUCUAGUAAAAACAAAUUAACUUUGUCUACAUUCAUGACAGGAGCAGCUUAACCAAAUCCAUGGCUAAUGAGUGUUAAUUCAUUAAAGUCUGUCUUUUUACUCUGAUAUCUACAUAUGAAUGACUCUUUGACCACAAUAUCAUGUACUUGCUUGAAUUUGUUGCUUUCUGCAUGUUUAUCAGUAUCACCCAUUCCAAUUGUUUACACUUAAGCUGUGAAACUUAUAUUCAAUAUCAAAGAACCAUAAAAUACAUUACAUUUGUUGCC